UCUUCCACCUUCCACAACUUUCUUCUUCCUUUUUAAACUUUGUUUCUCAAUCAUUCUCAGUUCCUCUCUCCAUAUUCUCUCCGUGGAGCCCUCAGAUUAAUUAACCUUCAGACCAUGGAUGGCCAAGAAAGUAACCAAGCUCCAGUCCCACCGCCUCCGCAGCCCUUAUUGUCAGUACCCUUUAACUCUCCUUUCCUCUUUGCUGCACCCUCUCUUCCAUCCUCCUCCUCCUCCUCCUCCUCGCUGCACCCUCCUUUAGAAACUCAAAUUCUCCCCGAUAUUGAUUGGGUUAGCCUCCUCUCUGGUCAAGGUGUGCUCGGUGAGAACAAGCCAAUGAUUGAAAGUGCUGUUUCUUUGAUGGCUGAAAAUGGAGCUGAUCAAGAUGAGAAAGGCUACAAGGAUAAGAGGAAAGGUAGUAGGAUCAAAAAGGCAAGCCGGCCUAGGUUUGCGUUCCAAACCAGGAGUGCUGAUGAUAUUUUGGACGAUGGCUACAGGUGGAGAAAGUAUGGGCAGAAAGCUGUGAAGAACAGCAAUUAUCCAAGGAGCUAUUAUCGGUGCACGCAUCACACAUGCAACGUGAAGAAACAGGUCCAGAGGCUCUCCAAGGACACCAGCAUCGUCGUGACGACAUACGAAGGAAUUCACAACCAUCCUUGUGAAAAGCUAAUGGAAACCCUAACUCCUCUUCUCAAGCAAAUGCAAUUCCUUUCUAGGUUCUAACUUCAUUAAUCAGCUUAUAUAGAUGUAUUAACAGGUUCAGGAACGAAUCAAGAAGCCUUUCUGUUCUUGGCAUAUAUACAUAUUCUAUAUUUUCCUUUUCCUUUUCUCAUUUUUAUUUGCACGUAAAAUGUCGGAUGCGUUA